AUGAUGAAAAGGGUAUUCCAAGAUAUAACGAAUGUUAGUAGAAAGAACAUCAAGCUGACGAUCCACAAAUCAUCUCAUAGAAGAAAACUGGUGAAGUGGCUGUACGAGGUGAUGGACGACUUUGGAUAUUCUCAGGUCACAUUCUCGACAGCAGUUUUUAUCCUGGACAAGUACACAGAAACCCGAGGCCUUGAUCUUGGAAAGUAUCAGCUGGUAGGGAUCUCUGCCCUUUUCCUUAGUGCAAAGAUAGAGGAGAAGCGAUGUAAGGGAAUAGAAGACUACGUCCAUGUCACAGACAAUACAUAUUCUAAGGAGGAGAUUCUUGACAAAGAAGUUGAGAUGCUGGAGAUAUUUGGCUUCAACUUGAUGUUCAGGCUUCCUCAUUCUUUUCUCAAGGAAAGAUAUCUUGAGAAGGCAUCCGGUAAAUACACUGUGAAGCAGAGCCAGGAAAUAUUCUUUUGUGCAUUUUCAUAUGUAUUGGAGAAAAACAUCUGUGGAAGUAGUAUGUAUUGGAUAUAUCUAGAAGGAGUUAAGGAGGCCGAGAAAAUUCUCUCUGGGAAUGAGAUAGAUGCAGGCCUCAGGUUCUAUCUGGAGAACAACCGAAGAAUUAAAAAUAUAUUCAUGUAG